GGAGGACAGCAAUAAAUCUCAGGGUGUCAGCAAGAAGGCUGAUGGGUGGAAUUGGCUCUGACACAGGAGGAGGCAACUCAAGUACUGUAUAAAAGAGGUCCCAGCCAGAGUGCACCUGCAUGUGUGGUGUAUUCUCACUAUGAGCUGGGUGCGAUUCAGAACUGUUCUCUGCUGAAGUCACCACAUCGCACGCUGUCAGAAGGAAGUGGGGAGCCCAGACUGGAGGCAGCAUGUCAUCUGAGUUGCAGCAGCUGAUGCAGACUUCCAUCCCAUGUGCAAAGGGGGUCCUGAAGGACAACUAUAGCAAUCUGCUCAAAGUGGCUGAUUACUGUGAGAGCAACUAUGGGCAGGCACAGGACAAACGGAAAGCCCUAGAGGAAACCAUGGGUUUUGUCACUCAGUCAUUAGCCAGUGUGGCCUAUCAAAUAAGCAAUCUGGCCAGCGACAUCCUCAAAAUCCUGGAUUUACAGGCUGCUGAUAUCCGACAAGUGGAAGCCAAUGUCUGCUCCAUCACACAGGUGGUGGAAAUACACAAAGAGAAAGUGUCCCGCCGAGAGAUUGGAUCUCUUACCAUUUGCAAGACCUUUCCACACUAUCAGAAAAUCAUCUACCCUGAACAUCUUGAGCCCUUGGAGGCAUAUUAUCGUAAACCUCUGAACUUCAGCAGUUUGGAUGAAAUUGGCCAUGGGAUAAAGGAUCAAAGCACACAGUUGGCCAGAACAGGGACUCUGUCUCGACAAGGAACCAAGACAUCAACAGGACAGUCAUCUGGGAGUAUUGGGAGAAGUCAUAGAAACCUGGAGCCAAUACCACCGCCAGUCAUCCCAGAUGGCAAACUUUCCUCAGCCUCAUCUGUGUCACAUCUGAGCAGUGCCACAGAAACUUUGGUCAGUCCCACCACGACUAUGUCUUCUGAGCUGCCUCCACCCUCUAUGCUGCCACUUUUCCCUCCACCAGCAGAAGGUGAUGACCUCUUGCCUCCUGUUCAGGCAGAUAUUUUGCCGCCACCACCACCUGUUGCAGAUGAUAAUAUACUGCCACUGCUACCAGAUCUUGAUUUUCCAACACCUCCACCUCCACCACCUCUGGACACCACUAACUGUGAGCAGCUGAAGCCUCCACUUCUGCCCCCUCCACCACCUCCAGAGAAAUUGCCAUGGGCCCCAGAAACAUAUAUGGAAAAAGUUGUGACCCUUUACCCUUACACUCAGCAAAAGGAGAACGAACUCUCAUUUGAAGAGGGGACCAUUAUUUACGUGACACGGAAAUAUUCUGAUGGCUGGUGUGAGGGUGUGGUGAGUGAUGCAGCAGGAUUGUUUCCCGGAAACUAUGUCGAGCCAUUGCACUAAAGAAAGCAGAUCACAGUACCAAGAAAAGUACCAAGGAAACAAAAAAUGCGAUUUCUGGCGAACUAUGAUCAAGGCAGACUGACUGCCUUGUUCUUGCUUUGAAACAAGCUUGCAGAAGAAAUCCUGCAUGGGCACUGUUAUUUGUUGCUAUAACAACAUCCAUAUUUUCCAACUUGCAGGCUGAACUAAAACCAGCAGGAAGCCAUUUAAGAGUAUGAUGGGAAAUUUCUCCAUCUUUUGCAAUAUAAAAAACAUUAUGCUUUUGAGCCCCCCCUCCCUCCUCCACAAAGUCUUUGCACUAGCUAAUGAGGUGCAUUAAAGCAUUGAGUCCUGCCCUCACCAAAGCAGCAGUUGCAGAAACCAGCAUUACUUGCUCCAUCUUCAUUCAAAUACUCUAUUGUAAUAAACAUCAUUACAGUGCA